AUGAUCCAGUUAAAAUACCUUGCGGGAUGCAUUGAAACAUGGAGUCAAAACUAGGCAAGAUAGCCUAAUUGUCCAUUUUGCCGUCAAGGUUUCAAGAAGAAUCAAAUAUCUAAAGAUUUGCUUGCAUUCAAUUUGAUAUGUGAAUUUGAAAUUUUUUGCUCAAACAGAGGUUGUAAUUGGAAAGGUCCUCUAGGUGAUAUUAAGGUUCAUAUGCCGAACUGCACAUUUUAAGAUGGAAAACUGCCUACUUGGUACAUUAGCUAUUUGAAAUAAAGCGAAAAAGAUUUUCUAAAGGAGGAAUAAGAAGAAGAACUUUUGGACGACAACAUUAAGUAAUUAAUUAACCAAAAUGUUCCUAAGCAGACUCUUGCUGAAAGACUCUUCCACAAUGAGAAUGGAAACCAACUAAGAAGUAAGAUAAAUGUGAUAUUUAUAUAUAAAUCAGAGGUUAUGGGUGUAACUGAAGAUAAAGAAUAGCCCAAUCAGAAUAAAUAAAUUGCAGAAGAAGUUAAGAAUGAGUAAUAAAGUUCAGUCAGUGACUCUCUAAAUGAAUCUUUAUUAUCCUCAGCAUCUGGAAGAGGUAGGGGAAGGAAUAGAGGAGGAGCUGGACGUGGCAGAGGGAGAGGAAGAGGUAGAGGCAUAUAGUAAGAUAUAUUAGCGAGUUUGAAUCAUUCAAAUUCAAUGCCUGCUCCAUAAUCACAUAGAUAAGUAACUAAACUACCUGAAAGUAGAUUUGCCAAUGACAAUGAAGACAACCUAAUGGACUUUUUGAGACACGCUCGUUCCUUUAUAAAUGCAAAUGACGAAGAAAAUUCUCAAGAAUUAGAUGUGGAAUAGUUGAUCCAGUAAUAGUAGCAAAUAUUAAUGUAAUUUGAAAGUGAGAAAUAAGAAGUAGGACAAAUGAUAUAAAGCAAUCAAGGGAAUAGCGUUCAGACCAUGAAUGAAGAAAGACAAUAAUAAUAGCAGCCAGAUCAAAAUGAAAAUGUCAACUCAUUGAACUAGUCCAAUUUAUCUGAUGAAUAGAGAUAAAACUAGAAUAAUUAGUAAUAAAGAUAAAGCAAAAAGAGGAAGCUAAAUGAUUUUCUAUAAGAUGGAUAAGAUCAAUUAGAAUUUGUAAACUUGAAAUAAGGUAAUUGA